UCGGCCGCAGCCAAUGGGCGCGCCCGGUGCUGUGCCUCCCACCAAUGGUGCCGCGUCUCAGUGCCGGGUGCCGUUGCCAGGAGUAACGGCACGGGGAGGAGGGCGGGGGAAGCAGAGGAGCCGAGCGCGCGCGGCUGGGCUCCCAUAGCAACGGCGCGGGCGGGGAUGGAGAGCGCGAGGGGCCGCGCGGCUCCCCGCGGGGGCAGUGUCUUUGAAGAUGAAAGUGUGAAACUGCGGCAGAUGAAACUAGCAAAUCAGAGAGCUCUUCUGGAAAAGAAGCAGAGAAAGAAACGUCUUGAGCCCUUAAUGGUCCAACCAAACCCAGAAGCAAAGCCACGCAGGUCAAAGCCCAAAGGAUGUGAGGAGCAGACUCCAUUAGUGGGGACCCACCCACCAUUCCAGAGUGAUGUUGUCCUGCAUGGCAUUGAUGGCCCAGCUGUUUUCCUGAAACCAGAAGUGCAAGACUUGGACACCAAACUCCAAAUCCUCUCAGUUGGAUCAACUACAACAGAAGAUGAUGAAGAACAAGACAGUGACAGAGAGACCCCAGUAGGCACAAUUGGCAAGCCAGAUCUGCAGGAGAUCCUUAAAAAACGAGGGAUUUCAGGCAGUCUGAAUUUUGAUGAGGAGGACACAGAAGAGGAGGAAGAAACUGAAAAAAAGUCAGGAUGUCAUUCACCAUAUUCUGAAUCCGAGAGAUCUAGUUCUGCAACCAGCCAAAAAUCUGCCACAGAAACAGGUGCUUCCUGCACUGCAUCCUCUCACACAGAUGCACAGCUGGGAGAAGUGGAGAACUUGGAGGAUUUUGCUUUGCGCCCUGCACCCCGUGGCGUUACAGUCAAGUGUCGAAUCACUAGAGACAAGAAGGGAGUGGACCGAGGCCUUUUCCCCACUUACUACAUGCACCUGGAAAGGGAUGACAACAGAAAGACAUUCCUUCUUGCUGGGAGAAAACGGAAAAAAAGUAAAACAUCCAAUUAUCUGAUUUCAAUUGAUCCAACAGAUUUAUCCCGAGAAGGGGAAAGUUUCAUUGGAAAACUCAGGUCUAACCUUAUGGGAACUAAAUUUACUGUCUAUGAUCAUGGAGUUAGCCCAGUCAAGGCACAGGGGCUAGUGGAAAAGGCCCACACCCGACAGGAGCUUGCAGCCAUUUGUUAUGAAACCAAUGUGCUAGGAUUCAAGGGUCCCAGAAAAAUGUCUGUGAUCAUUCCGGGGAUGAAUAUGAACCACAAGCGGAUUCCAAUUAGGCCACGAAAUGAACAUGAGAGUUUGCUGGCAAAAUGGCAAAAUAAAAACCUAGAGAACCUAAUUGAGCUGCACAACAAGGCCCCAGUCUGGAACGAUGACACUCAGUCCUACGUCUUGAACUUCCAUGGGAGAGUCACUCAGGCUUCAGUGAAGAACUUCCAGAUUGUCCAUGAGAAUGACCCUGAAUACAUUGUGAUGCAGUUUGGUCGUGUAGCAGAAGACGUGUUCACUCUGGACUAUAAUUACCCACUAUGUGCCCUCCAGGCUUUUGCCGUCGGACUUUCCAGCUUUGAUAGCAAAUUGGCCUGUGAAUGAGGGAGGCAGUGGACUUGGGCAUGGAACUUGCUCCCAUUCCUGCACCUUGUAGCUGAGUUCUGGUUUGAAUCAUGAGAAAUAGCUUGGGGGACAGAAGGGAACUGGAAGAUAUUGUUCUGUGGGGAUUUGUAGGAGGCAAGCAGUAUAUUUGGGAGCUUUACAACAACUGAUGGGAAUGAUGGCCCUUUUGGGAGGGAGGGCUCUGCACAUGCAUUGGGAGAAGGGGGGCGAGGGCAGGCAACAAAAACAUGUGAUAUCUUUAUGUUACUAGUAUUAAUGCUGCAUUGAGAAUCCAGGUGGGACAUGCUGUCUCAGAGCAGGCUUAGGACUUGGGUCAUGCUCCUCAGCUGCUGAACAUCACUGUGACUUGGAACUCCCUGCAGCAGGGAUCAGAUGAAUAGUGUGCUAGUGCCCAUAUGCCUUGGAUCUCUGGCAGUGCCCCUGGUGCUCAUGCUGCCCAUUUCACUGUGUGUCCAUGGUACAAUUAUUUCAGACAGAUACAACAUGGGCUCUCACCCUGCAGAAUAACCCUCUGUCCAGGGCAAAUUUCAAAGAGAGAGGAGAGAGUCCAGGCUUGAUGCUCCUCUCCAAAGAUCAAAGCCAAGAGAGAGUCUCAUGCUGCAAUAACCCCUUCUUACUCUGCAGGAUGAUUAUUUUAUAGGCCCCAGUUCCUCUUAAUUGUUCCUGCUGUGCAUUGCCCUGCAACAACCAUUCUACCAAAUAAAGAUAUAAGUAUCAAAAACUUCAACUGUCACUUCCAAGUGGGUGCUAUUUUAUAUUACAACCAUCAUGGUUUCUCUUUUCCCUGGGAACUCUACAGAUGGGAUCAAGUAGAUGAUUGGAUGUUAAAAAAAAACUGGCUAAGGGUCCGUGCCAUUUGUUUACAAUGCUAUUCUUGAAAAGCAGCAUUCUGCUGAGCUUACAUACUUGAUUCUAAAACUUGGUCAGUCAAAACCACUUUCUAAAACCUCUUCAUGAAUAAAGCUCAGUGCAUUGGGUAGGAAUGAACUGCUGCCAGAAUAAUUUACUUUGCCUCAUUUAACCUUUAUCCCAGCAUGCAAGAGCUUCUCUUGUAGCAGCCUGCUUGGCCAGUGCCAGUUCUGUGUGGUGUGAUCUCUGCAAUCAUGACCUAAUGAGAAUGUUUUAGAUAAUAAUUUGAAUCUGGAUGUGAUAAGAUGCUAUUUUGCCAAAAAAGGAGGUUGCAAAUGUUUCCCAAGCACAAAUAAAUAGGAACUUUGCACCAGGGGUGGCCAAAGUCUUGCUCCUAGAACUCCAAAAUGCUGCUACCCUUAUUUUUCAUCUUGGAUUACAGGCAGUGGAGACUACAGAUCACAGUGCAGAAUGCUCUCCUCCUUAGUCCUGAUGGCCUUGGGUCAAACUGAAGCAGAUCAUGGCAUAGUCCAUGGGCUACACCUCUGCUGUGGUUAAAAAGGCAUUCAGUUUAUUUCAUGACUGUUGUGCAGCUGCCAGGUAAAUUGCCCAUAUACGCCUCGCUUGAUCCAAGUGUGGGUGUCCUGUGCUUUGCAUGUUGUGAUCUGUGUAAAAGUUGUUUCUAGCCAACUAGCCCCCUUGGGCACUCAUGGCAGCCAGACUCCCGCCAUUGUACCAUUCUCCAUGGAUUGCCUCAUCUACAUGCGUUGCAUUGGGGGAAGCCAUCCUGCUCUUCUCCUCUAGAGAUAUAAAUCUGUAUGUAGACAUUUUCUGAUACUGCCAGAAAGAAAAAGUACCCUCAGUCAUAGUCCCAUGUAAUCCCUGUAUUUUAACUGCAAAUGAUGAAUUGUCAUUGAUGGCUCCAGCUCUAGAAAAUGCAUCUGUCUCAGAUGCUCCAAGCUUUAUUGGCUGUGGUGCCAUUGCCUUCAAAGCAGCCUCUUCCCUGAGUUUUGCACUUAGGAGAGCUUGUGUCAUGUGCCUCUUCUGUGCCUUCGUUGACUUCCUGCUUGUUGUUGAGACAGACCUGGGCAACAGUAGUCAAGAGUACUCUGUUAAUUUUACCCUCUGACUACGCUGCACUGCCAGUACCUAUCCAGAAAAGCUAAGAAACCAGUUCACAACGCUCCUGUCUCAGUAAACUUUGUCACUAAGACUGUAUGGGAGAAAUUGGCUUGGGGUGACUUGAAGGUAGUACCCUGCCUUCCAGUCUAAGACAAAUUUACUUAUGCCUGGCAGGCCAUCCUGCAACACUUCUGCUCACCUCUCCAAAUGGGCUCUUUCAUCUAUUCCAGUUGAGAAGCUGAUGUCUGAGCCCAGCAGAUGAUAGUCAGUGCCUGGGACCCUUUGAUCUCUUCACUGAGUUACAUGAACUGAUUUGUUGUGUUUUCUGAGAUGCCUGUUCUGCGGGCACAUGACUUUUUGUGUGUCUUCUACUAUUGAUGCUUUCUUUCUCUCUACAGUUAUUGAGGUAUUUUUUAAAGGGAUUGUAUACAGUGACCCAACCCACAUUGGUGUUGAAGCCAUGCUAGUCACAACUGUGUUUAAAAGCAGUUACUGUUGGGAGGGUCUUCACUGGGUUUCCCGUAUUGCUUUGGGGAGGGAAUUUUUUUGAAAAGAGCAUGCUUAUGUGUUAGGAACCCAUUUUAAGAACUGUCUGUGAAGUUGGACCAAAAAGCACGGGAAUUUUUUUUUCUCCCUCCAUAAAAGCCCCUGUAUACCCCAGUCAGGGAAAUAGUACAUUGAAACUCUAAAUACAACUUUGGGUAGCUUGGCUUCAGCCCCUAUGUAAGCAGGCACAUGGGUCUAUUGUUACUAUUAGAACAGGCAGUGGUAAAGCAGGAGGUAAGUGUGUACGUCUUCUCAGGUGCCUUCAGAUACUUUGUACAUUGGAAGCUGCAGUUUCUUGCCCCAUUCUCUCUCUCGUCUUCACCUACUCUCACCUUCAGUGCUGCUCCGUGUAUGCCGAAGAUCCAUCUAAAACACUGGGGUUGGGGGGAGGCAUGGCUUGGUGUACUCCCUGCUGCUCUAAAUGCUUGCAUUUGAACAGCAGAAACCUCCAGUACCUUUGGUCAACUGCGGUUUUACAUAAAUUGUAUAUAUAAUUUUUGUAUCUUACGGAAAAUAAAGUAAUUUAUAAAAAAAAAAAA